CUAGAAAAUGUUGUUCACAGUCCAAAGACCAGUAAGAGUGUUUGGUAGUAGUCAAUUUCCACCCGCUUGGCCACUUAGAUGGACAAAAAGGUCCAACUGGUAGAGAGAGAAACAUACAUAAAUCUAGAGAGAGAAACAAAGCCAAAACAAAGGAGCAAAGGGGUCAAAAUGUAAAGAGAAUGCAUGUGUUUUAGUUUCUGGGAUUGGGAAUUGUUUAAAGACAGUGGCCAUAAUUUGUAGACAGAAUCUAACCCCCAAAUAUGGUAACACAAAGGAUACCGUCACCAUUUACCACCAUCUCAGCUUCUUCUUAACACCCAUCUUCUCUCUCUACAACACACACGCUCUCUCUCCCUCUCUAAACCCAUUAUCUGAUCAUAAGUUUCUUUACAGAUUCUCUUCUGUAAAGACUGUAACCAAAAACAAGACACAAGUGGGUUUGGAUCUUUGGUUCAUCUUCUCUCUCUAAAGCACACGAACUCACACUCACUUACUUCCUCUUCUCUCUUUCUCUAAACCCAUGUCUGAUCGGUCGUAGGUUUCUUCACAGAUUCUCUUUAUAAAGACUGUACUCAAGAACAAACACAAGUGGGUUUGGAUCUUUGGUUCAUCUUCUCUCUCUAGAACAAACACACACUCACACACAAACUGUUGUUAAAAAGUGUGAUCCAAGAACAAAACACAAGUGGGUUUGGAUCUUUGGUUCGAAAAGUGUUGCAUGUGUCACUGAAACGUUAACGCACUUCUUUUAGUCAUUUGCUUUUGGUGGCUUAUGCGAUUUUCAAACUCAUGUCUACUCCUACAAAACCUCAAUCAACACUGCUGUUCAUAUGCUUGUUCCUGUUCUUGUUCCUCAUGUCCGUUUGUACUCUCAAAAACCCUUCUUCAGUUUAUAGAUCUGGAUUGAAUUCCAAAAUGCGAGAUUCUGAUCUGUACUUCCAGGCAAUAAGCAAAGUCAAAGUCAAAACCACUAGUGAAGAGGAGACUACGUCUCAUACCACCACCACCAGAAGAAAAUUAGGCGGCCCUGGAUCAUCACCGCCACGUUGCGCCUGGAAGUGUGGGCGGUGCACCCCCUGCAAGCCGGUUCAUGUUCCGGUGCCGCCUGGAACACCGGUGACCGCCGAGUACUACCCGGAAGCUUGGAGGUGCAAAUGUGGAAAUAAAUUGUACAUGCCAUGAUGCAUGCCUAUUUGAUUGGUAUUUACUAGCUAGAUCUUUGUUAUGUUAACUACGAGGGGGUAUCUUGUCAUUAAUGGAUUUAGGAGGAGUGAUAUUUAAAAAACAAAAUGGAAAAUAUAUAGAAGCU